ACUCCCCGGGAGGGCUCAGGCGGCGGCAGCGGGAUGGCUGCGCGGCUGCUCCGGCUGGGCAGAGUCCUGGGGCCGCUGCCUCCACGCGCGCCUCGCGCCCUGGCCAGGCAUCUACAGACUGAAAAUCAUGAUGUGCAACGUCCAGAAACAUUUUCUGCCAAAAGUUUAAUGGAUAUAGGAACUCGGAGGAUCUUCACUUCAGAUCAUGAUAUCUUCAGGGAAAGCGUGAGGAAAUUUUUCAGGGAAGAAGUGGUUCCUAAUCAUGCAGAAUGGGAGAAAGCUGGACAAGUGAGCAGAGAGGUCUGGGAAAAAGCUGGAAAACAGGGACUGUUGGGUAUCAGUAUAUCGGAAGAACAUGGUGGCCUUGGAGGCAACAUACUAUCUUCAGCUGUGGUCUGGGAAGAGCAGAUGUAUGUUAAUUGUACAGGCCCAGGAUUUGGCCUUCAUUCUGACAUAGCCAUGCCCUAUAUCGCAAACUAUGGUUCCGAAGAACAGAUUAAACGGUUUAUCCCUGAAAUGACUGCAGGGAAAUGCAUCAGUGCUAUAGCCAUGACAGAACCUGGGGCUGGCAGUGACUUGCAGGGUGUACGGACAUAUGCAAAAAAGGAUGGAAGUGACUGGAUUCUCAAUGGAAGUAAGGUUUUCAUCACUAAUGGCUGGUUGAGUGAUUUAGUGAUUGUGGUUGCAGUUACAAACCGUGAGGCCCGCUCUGCUGCUCAUGGGAUCAGCCUUUUUCUUGUGGAAGAUGGAAUGAAAGGAUUCAUCAAAGGAAGCAAACUGGAAAAAAUAGGCCUGAAAGCACAGGACACAGCAGAACUGUUUUUUGAAGAUGUACGUUUGCCAGCUAGUGCCUUGCUUGGAGAAGAGAACAAGGGCUUCUACUAUCUGAUGGCAGAGCUCCCUCAGGAAAGACUGGCAAUUGCUGGCAUAGCACUCGCCAGCUGUGAAUUCAUGUUUGAAGAAACAAGAAAUUAUGUUAAGCAAAGAAAAGCUUUUGGGAAAACAAUUGCACAUUUACAGGCUGUACAGCACAAGUUAGCUGAACUGAAAACGCAGAUUUGCGUGGGCCGGGCAUUUGUGGACAGCUGUCUCCAGCUGCACGCAGAGAAACGUCUGGACUCCUCCACAGCUUCCAUGGCAAAAUAUUGGGCUUCUGAUCUCCAAAACAGUGUGGCUACUCAGUGUUUACAACUCCAUGGAGGAUGGGGGUAUAUGUGGGAGUAUCCUAUCGCAAAAGCUUUUGUGGAUUCUCGGGUUCAGACAAUCUAUGGAGGUACCAAUGAAAUAAUGAAAGAACUAAUUGCUAGAAGCAUUGUAAGUGACAGCUAGACAUAUGGAUACACUGGAGACCAUCUUCCUGAAUCCUAUUACAGUUAAUAUGGUAUUAAAUCAGACACUGGAAUGUAAGUAGACAAAAGAUGCACUGUAUUUUUAAUGAGAAGAGCAAGCCCAUCUUAAAAAUUACUUUAAUUAAAAGCACUAAUAAGGAUAGCAUGUUUGUAUUGUUGGGCUCUAAUGUUUCAUAAAGAUUAGCAUUUAAAGAUGCUUGAUGGAAACUCUUGGUGAAAGCUCCAAGGCUAAUCCUCUUGCGUCAUUUUAAAACGCUCUUAGAGGCAAGAUGAUACACCUAGUGUGUUCUGAUUUUUUAAAAGGGAUAUUUAUGUGCUUCUGGAAUAUUACAAUUAACUUGAGGUCUGAAACAAAAUGUCAUUAUAUUAAAUCCAGCUUGAACUGUUCAGAAUGAAUGUAAUCAAAUUUUCAAGAAGCCACUUUCUUCCUGGAAGGCAAACAUGUUUAAAGACCCCACAGUUUUAGAUCAGCACUGCCUGUUGUCAAAUGUAACUUGUGCCUAUCUUAUUCUCACCUCAGUUUAUUUGAAUGAGAAUGGCCUUAGUAUUGAUUUUCUUCAAUUUUCAGGUUUUACUUAUAUAUGCAUGUGUAUGUUGCAUUCAUUUCUAUUGCUGAGAUGAAAUAAGCAACUUUCAGCUUUAUUAAAAAAUGCACAAACCGCCCCCUAAGGUUUACAUGUAACCAGAAUUGCCUUAUUUCAAUGUAUACAUACUUUUAAUAAAAUAUUUACAAGCAACA